AUGCAGGAGUUCCUCUUCGACUUACAGACUUUUGAAGAGAUUUACAGUGAAGCUGGAAUCCACAUCUAUCCUGCAAAAGUACUUGGUCAACUGUACAAACAGCUGGGAGUCUGUGAGAAGCUUUUUUUGAGUGGCCGACUGGACAAAGAUGUUGGCAUCCUUUCAACUAGCCAAUUUUACCGUUUGACAAACCAGACAGUAGCUUUUAUACCACAGUUCUUCGAUUAUCACGCAUUUUAUAUGAACUUGGAUGUCAAUUUUCUCAUCGAUUGUUUUCGUACCUGUGUGGCUUUUCUGAAACGGGCCUGGACUAGCCCCGGACGCCCACUUCUCAUCUUUCCCAUUUACCAUCGGUUUUUUGGUUCAG